ACUUCCGGCGUGCACCGGGGCCCGCCCCGGACUACGGAUCGUGGUGAGGACCACGGGACCUUGGGUUGCCAAUGAGGAGAGUCUCUGGCCCUCGACUACAGCUCCCGGCAUGCCGAGGUGGCUGCUCGCCGAGCCGACGUCCUACAGCCUUCCCACCUCGGAGUCCGGGCCCCCCCCCCCCAAAAUGGCGAGCUGGGCUGCGGAGACGCGCUGAGUGGCGGAGUCGAGCGAACAGAGCCGCUACGGCCCUGGUAGUGCCGGAGCUCUGCCUUAGGGGGAACAUGCACUUUUCCAUUCCUGAAACCGAGUCCCGCAGCGGGGACAGCGGCGGCUCCGCCUACGUGGCCUAUAACAUUCACGUGAAUGGAGUCCUGCACUGUCGGGUGCGCUACAGCCAGCUCCUGGGGCUGCACGAGCAGCUUCGGAAGGAGUAUGGGGCCAACGUGCUUCCUGCAUUCCCCCCAAAGAAGCUUUUUUCUCUGACGCCUGCAGAGGUAGAACAGAGGCGAGAGCAGUUAGAGAAAUACAUGCAAGCUGUUCGGCAAGACCCAUUGCUUGGGAGUAGUGAGACCUUUAAUAGUUUUCUACGUCGGGCCCAACAGGAGACGCAGCAAGUCCCCACAGAGGAGGUUUCCUUGGAAGUGCUGCUCAGCAAUGGACAGAAAGUUCUGGUCAAUGUGCUGACUUCCGAUCAGACCGAAGAUGUCCUGGAGGCUGUGGCUGCAAAGCUGGAUCUUCCAGAUGACUUGAUCGGGUAUUUUAGUCUCUUCCUUGUUCGAGAAAAAGAGGAUGGAGCCUUUUCUUUUGUACGGAAACUGCAGGAGUUUGAGCUGCCUUACGUAUCUGUCACUAGUCUUCGGAGUCACGAGUAUAAGAUUGUGCUCAGAAAGAGUUAUUGGGACUCUGCCUAUGAUGACGAUGUCAUGGAGAACCGGGUUGGCCUGAACCUGCUUUAUGCUCAGACCCUGUCAGAUAUCGAGCAUGGCUGGAUCCUGGUCACCAAAGAGCAGCACCGGCAGCUCAAGUCUCUGCAAGAGAAAGUCUCCAAGAAGGAGUUCUUGCGGCUGGCCCAAACUCUGCGGCACUAUGGCUACCUGCGCUUUGAUGCCUGCGUGGCUGACUUUCCGGAGAAGGACUGCCCCGUGGUGGUCAGCGCAGGCAACAGUGAGCUCAGUCUCCAGCUGCGGCUGCCUGGCCAGCAGCUCCGUGAAGGCUCUUUCCGGGUCACCCGCAUGCGAUGCUGGCGGGUCACCUCCUCUGUGCCGCUUCCCAGUGGAGGCACGAGCAGUCCAAGCCGGGGCCGGGGUGAGGUGCGCCUGGAACUGGCUUUUGAAUACCUCAUGAGCAAGGACCGUCUACAGUGGGUCACCAUCACCAGCCCACAGGCUAUUAUGAUGAGCAUCUGCUUACAGUCCAUGGUGGAUGAGUUGAUGGUGAAGAAGUCUGGGGGCAGUAUCAGGAAGAUGCUGCGGCGGCGAGUCGGGGGUACCCUGAGACGUUCAGACAGCCAGCAAGCAGUGAAGUCCCCACCAUUGCUCGAGUCACCAGAUGCCAGCCGGGAGUCCAUGGUCAAACUCUCCAGUAAGCUGAGUGCUGUGAGCUUGCGAGGAAUCGGCAGUCCCAGCACGGACGCCAGUGCCGUCCACGGCAAUUUCGCCUUCGAGGGCAUUGGAGAUGAGGAUCUGUAAUGUCAGCUGCCUGGAUGUCUGCCCUCUGCCCCAGAGGAGAUGUACACAGACUCGCCCUGUGCCUAUGCUCCCAAGUUAAGGGGAGUCUUUUCCUAGUCCCUUCCCACUUCUCCUUUUUUUUUGUCCUCUUGGCCAGGGGCCUCCUAACCUACCUUCCCCUUCCUGGGCUGGCUACACAAAAGAUCACUGUCUCUUUCUCAAGAGCUGGUCCUUGAUGCCAAAUUAGCAUUUAGUAUUUUGCACAAAGUCCAAGGGACCAUGGCUACCUGCCUUGGGGAGGAACUGUUGCUCCCCAUGGGCUGCUUCUGGCCUCUUAGGGCCAGGUCAUGGGCAAAGGGUGGGCAGAGGUCUGUGGAUGGUCUGACCAGCUCCCCAUCAUUAAACUCGGCCUGACUGCUGCCUA